AUGGCGGAGAAGGUUCAGAAAAUGAAAGCGAUGUUCGAGAACAUCAUAUCAACCCUCGGGAAUCUUCUGAUUCUUGAUGGUGCUUCAAAAGCGCUUAAAAAUAAAUGCAAAUUGCCGCGAAGGGAUUUGGAAUUGGUCUUGAAACGAAUGAAUGACGCUACAGCGGAAAUUCUCAAAGAGGAUUUUGAAAAACUUAUUAAUAUUACGCAGAUGGAGGAAAAGCUCAAUGAGCUUGAACUGUUGACGAAAGAAUGCGACGAAUUGAAUAAGGAAUAUGGAAUUGAGAUUGGAUAUCGGCCAAUUGAUCCAACUAUUGAUGUAAAUAUGCACGGAAAACUCACAAUGCUCUCAUUAUUGGAGCCUCUCGAUGAGCAAAUUGCAGAAUUCGAAGCACAAUUAGAGGAUGUCAAUGAUGAAUUGGAAAAGAGGCAAAUUGUUCUUAAAGAAUUACAGCUUGUCGUCAAGUCUCAACAGAAUCAAAUUCAAGGCUUAAAUAAAUAA